AGGACGCGCUCGGGCAGUCGGCGGGCGGGCGGGCGGCGCGCACCAUGCCCUCCUUCGACGAGGCGCUGCAGCGGGCCGGCGAGUUCGGGCGCUUCCAGCGGCGCGUGUUCCUGCUGCUGUGCCUGACGGGCGUCACCUUCGCCUUCCUCUUCGUCGGCGUGGUCUUCCUGGGCAGCCAGCCCGACCACUACUGGUGCCGCGGGCCGAGCGCCACCGCGCUGGCCGAGCGCUGCGGCUGGAGCCCGGAGGAGGAGUGGAACCGCACGGCGCCCGCCCGCCUCGGCCCCGAGCCCCAGCGCCGCGGCGACGGCCGCUGCCAGCGCUACCUCCUGGAGGCGGUCAACGCCAGCGCCGCCGGCCCGGGCGCGCUCAGCUGCGCCGACCCGCUCGCCGCCUUCCCCAACCGCUCGGCGCCGCUCGUGCCGUGCCGGGGCGGCUGGCGCUACGCCCAGGCCCACUCGACCAUCAUCAGCGAGUUUGACCUCGUGUGUGACAAUGCUUGGAUGCUGGACCUCACACAAGCCAUCCUCAACCUGGGCUUCCUGGCUGGGGCGUUCACCUUGGGCUACGCAGCGGACAGGUACGGACGAAUAGUCAUUUACUUAAUAUCCUGCCUCGGUGUUGGCGUCACCGGCGUUGUGGUGGCAUUUGCACCCAAUUUCCCUGUGUUGGUGGUCUUCCGCUUCCUCCAAGGCGUGUUUGGAAAGGGAACAUGGAUGACAUGCUACGUGAUUGUGACGGAAAUAGUAGGUUCGAAGCAAAGAAGGAUCGUGGGAAUAGUGAUUCAAAUGUUCUUCACUCUUGGGAUCAUAAUCCUCCCUGGAAUUGCCUACUUUAUCCCCAACUGGCAAGGGAUCCAGCUGGCCAUCACGCUGCCCAACUUUCUCUUCCUCCUUUAUUACUGGGCAGUCCCCGAAUCUCCCCGCUGGCUGGUUACUCGGAAGAAAGGAGAUAGAGCAUUAAAAAUUCUGAGGAGCAUUGCCAAAUGCAAUGGGAAAUAUCUCUCGCCAAACUACUCGGAGGUCACUGUUACCGAUGAGGAGGUUAGCAAUCCAUCCUUUUUAGACCUGGUGAGGACUCGCCAAAUGAGGAAGUGCACGCUUAUCCUUAUGUUUGCUUGGUUCACGAGCGCUGUGGUGUAUCAAGGACUCGUCAUGCGCCUGGGAAUUAUAGGAGGCAACCUCUAUAUUGACUUUUUCAUCUCGGGAGUUGUGGAACUGCCAGGAGCCCUCUUGAUCCUAUUAACCAUCGAGCGUUUCGGUCGACGCCUACCCUUUGCCGCAAGCAAUAUAGUGGCAGGCGUGGCAUGCCUUGUCACUGCGUUCUUACCUGAAGGAAUACCCUGGUUGAGAACCGCGGUGGCCACGCUGGGAAGGCUCGGGAUAACCAUGGCCUUUGAGAUUGUUUACUUGGUAAAUUCAGAGUUGUACCCAACCACUUUACGAAACUUUGGAGUUUCCCUCUGUUCAGGCUUAUGUGACUUUGGGGGCAUCAUAGCCCCCUUUCUGCUUUUCCGGCUAGCAGCCAUUUGGCUGGAACUACCUCUUAUCAUCUUUGGUAUCCUGGCGUCCGUCUGCGGUGGUCUCGUGAUGCUUUUGCCUGAAACCAAGGGAAUUGCCUUGCCAGAAACAGUGGAUGAUGUAGAAAAACUUGACAGUCCGUAUUCCUGUAAAUGUGGCAGGAAAAACACAACCCAAGUUUCGGGCUCUCACCUUUGAGGCCCCCACUGGAGACAGAAGGACGAGUCUCUCCAGGCAGCACCCCCACUCCCGCCCUGCACCCCUCCCCGCACCCCUCCCCAGGAACCGACGUGCCUUUCAGAGACGCCUGUGUGUCCAUUUCAGCUGCGCAGCUCCCAGUGUUUUUAAUACUUUACAAAGACCUUCGGACUACCCAGAGUAUUUUUCUAUGACGUGGGAUGAAUUAGGACUUACAUGCUGUGGAAGUUUCUGGGAACAUGUAACAUGCGGCUGGUUUAGCCAAGAGCCUGCUGUGAGCACAGCUCCUCUGGAGGUUUUUUCUCACUCGGGGCGGUGUCUCCGACCCACGGGGUUACAGAGAGACGAGCAAAGCCCCAUCGAGAUCUCAUGACAGUUCCAUCAAGAGUGCAGGAUGAGCGAACCGAGGAUCCAGAAAGGACAUCCCGAAACGGGUUCAUCAAACCUGAUCAAGCAGCGGAGGCUCUGGUCUGCGUGAUCUGAGGAUUCCAGGCCGGAAGAAGACCUGGGAAUCCUGUUAGUAAAAGGCUCUGACGCGAAGGACCUGGGGCCACGUGGCUCUACGCCUUGCUCUCUGGUCUCCCCUGGAGCUCCGUCGGCACCCGGGGUCGCAGGCACCUUCAGCCUUGUUCCAUCAGUAAGAACAAAUCCGCUCUAUGGGUUCCAGGUGCUUGGAUUUCUAACAUUGAAUUUGAGGUGAUUCAGGACCACUUCGGUCCUCCUUUCCCGGCCACCUGGAGCCACAAACUCAGUUUCUGAUGGGUGAACCCAUGGAUUAGGAUCUCACAGGUCUUAGGAUUUGAAUCAUAAAGGGAUAUUUAUCUUCUGUUUGUGAGUUCUGUCCUGUGAUGGGGCCCAUGGUCAGGAGUGAAAAAGAUGGACGGACCCCAUUCGAUCCUGACACUUUUAACUUGUCUUGGGAAGAAGCUUACAUUUUAAUUUAACAGAAGGGUUGAUGCUACCCAUGCUUAAAAGAAUUAGCAGAAGCUUUGUAAAUGCCUUUGUAGGUACUAAUAAGGGAUUUGAUCUUUCUUUUUUUGAUACUGAGACUUUUUUUUUUUUUGGUCUAUUUUUUUUUAGGGCUGCACCCAUGGCACAUGGAGGUUCCCAGGCUGGGCGUCAAAUCGGAGCUGCAGGUGCCAGCCUAUGCCACAGCCACAGCAAUGCAGGAUCCGAGCUGAGUCUGUGACGGACACCACAGCUCAUGGCAUCGCCGGAUCCUUUACCUACUGAGGAAGGCCAGGGAUCGAACCCACAUCCUCAUGGAUCCUAGUUGGGUUCACUACCACCGAGCCACAAUGGGAACGCUAUUACUGAGACUUUUGAAAUGUGGAGUUUAAGUACACAUAUGCCGUCUUUAUGAUGGUCUGUGUUCUACAUUUGUUACGCUUUCAGCUUCAGUGUGUAUCUGAUGAAUUGGUUUGGGUGGACACGCAAAAUGGGAACCAAAGGAAAAUCUCGCCAGUGAGGAAGAAAAUCUCUAUGUGAACACGUGGCAAUGUAUGCGGUGUACAUGCUCAUCAUAAAGUACGUUCUCGGCCCUUAAAGCACAUCGGGAUGGAGUGUGAACGCUUUAUUUUUCAAUGAAAUAAACACAGUUCUUUGAGGACGCGGGGCUGCAUCCAGCCUCCCUCCACACUCACUUGCGUUCUGCUUCCUUUGCAUUUGUCUUUGCUGUGGAAUGAUGGUUGUUUGUUGAUACUGUCACCUUUGAAUUGUAUUUUGAGGUGACAUGUGGGGUUCUGACCACAAUAAAAAAAUGCACAUGGUCAAGAGAAA